CGUUGCAAUUUGUAAAAAUUUACACCCAAGUGGGCCCGAAUUCGGUAUACCAGCAGCCUAUAGGCCAAGUUCGCCGGAGCCUUUUCGAGGCACGCUCCCUCUCCGUCUUCUCCACCGGCCGCCAUGUGGAAGCGCGCCGCCUCCCUCAUCCUCCGCCACCACCGCUCCGCCCCCGGGCCCCGCUCUCCGGCGGUCUCCGCCGCCGCGGCGUCUGGCCUCCGCCGCACGCCGGCGCCUCUCUUCUUCUCCACUCUCGAUGCGGCGGGGGCGAGGACGAGGGUGGAGGACGUGAUGCCGAUCGCCACGGGGCUCGAGCGCGAGGAGAUCGAGGCCGAGCUUCAGGGGAAGAAGAGGUUCGACAUGGACGCACCCGUCGGGCCCUUUGGCACCAAGGAUGCCCCUGCUGUGAUUCGGUCAUACUACAACAAACGGAUUGUUGGUUGCCCUGGUGGUGAAGGAGAAGAUGAGCAUGAUGUUGUGUGGUUUUGGUUGGAGAAGGACAAACCACAUGAAUGCCCAGUCUGUACCCAAUAUUUCAUGCUUCAUGUGAUUGGAGAAGGAGGAUCCCCUGAUGGACAUGAUGAUGAUGACCACCACCAUCAUUAAGGUUCAAGAAGGCCUAUCUAGUAAUAAAAUGUGGUGCCAAUAUCAUUUUUCCGCAAUGUUGUCAGCAUUUGCCCUUAUAGAGUUCAGUAGACCAUGUCAACCUGUUUGCCCUAUGGCUCGGAACAGAACAUGGUUUUGUUACAUGCUUUUCAGAAAAUCGGCUAUACAAAUAAUGGGAUUCAUUACACAAUUAUGUACUUUCUGUAUUCAACACACGUUUUGUUGAAUCAAGAUUCAAAACAUACUUAUUUCUCUGGA